AUGUUUGUUUCUCACUGUUUCUGAAAACAACCAUAAACACACUCUGAGGAAGAGAGAGGUUGUGCGAGCAAGUUUCUAAUAACCUGGAUUUAAAAACAUCAGACCGAAAUGUCGUUUUGAGGCGCUGAUUUUUCUGCUAAUGAAGAUGACCGCUGGCCCAGUCACAAUGUUUACCUGGCUCAUUAAACGUGUCGGGUAAUUGAUCAGCUGUGCUAAAGGCCUCAGAUCCUCGGUGCUCGCCUGAAAGACAGACGGGAAUCCUCGUGGUGUGAAGGAGGGAGCAUCAAGCUCCAGGCUAAACCAAUAAUUCACAUUCAUCUAAACCUCUCCUGAAGAUGUCACAUACUGGACCCCCUCCUCGAUGGCGGAAUUGUCCGAGAAGAGGUCAACCUGUGGCAGGUAAAUUCCUCCCUAUGAAAACAAUGUUGGGUCCCAGAUAUGAUGACCAAGUUGCAGAGGAGAACAGGUUUCACCCGAGUAUGCUGUCCAACUUUUCAAAAAACCUAAAAGUGAAAAUGGGUUUGCUUGUCGAUUUGACGAACACAACUCGCUUUUACGACCGCAACGACAUUGAAAAAGAGGGCAUGAAAUACGUGAAGCUUCAAUGUAAAGGCCAUGGAGAAAGCCCUUCAAAAGAAACAACGAGUAUGUUCAUCAGGCUCUGUGAAAACUUCAUCGAGAAGAAUCCCACAGAAUUAAUAGGUGUUCACUGCACACAUGGCUUCAACCGGACAGGCUUUCUGAUAUGUGCGUACCUGGUGGAGAAGAUGGACUGGAGCGUGGAGGCAGCUGUAGCUGUUUUCAGCCAGGCUCGGGCCCCUGGGAUCUAUAAGGGAGACUACCUCAAAGAGCUUUUCCGUCGCUAUGGUGACGAGGAUGACGCACCCCCUGCUGCCCCCGCGCUCCCGGAGUGGUGCUUCGAAGAUGAGGACGGCGGGGAAGUGGACGAUGACGGUAACGCCCUCGGGCAGGAAUCAGGCCCUAGCUCCUCGGGGUCAGGGCCCGGCAAACGAAAGAGAGAGAAAAUAAAACUGGGUGCAGUGUUCCUUGAAGGCAUCACAGUGAAAGGCGUCACACAGAUCACCACACAACCCAAACUGGGAGAAACCCAAAGACUGUGUCAGGAGAUGGCCGAGUGGGACAAGUCUGGUUUUCCUGGUGCUCAGCCCGUAUCCAUGGACAGACAAAACCUUCAAUUCCUGGAAAAGAAUCCUUACAAAGUCAGCUGGAAGGCAGACGGCACACGGUACAUGAUGUUAAUCAACGGUAAAAAUGAAGUCUUCAUGAUCGACAGAGACAACACAGUCUUCCACAUAGCAAACCUUGAGUUUCCUUUCCGGAAGGAUCCACGAGUCCACUUAGCAAAUACGCUACUGGAUGGGGAGAUGAUCAUCGACAAAGUGAACGGUCAACCCGUCCCUCGCUAUUUGAUAUAUGACAUCAUCAAAUUCAACAGACAACCUGUUGGGCAGUGUGAUUUCAAUAUCCGACUUUUAUGCAUAGAAAAAGAGAUCAUUUCCCCUCGCAUUGAGAAGAUGAAGACCGGGCAGAUCAACAAAACCAAGGAGCCCUUCAGCGUCCGACAUAAACCCUUCUUUGACAUUCAUGAAACACACAAGCUACUCGGAGGCAGCUUCACAUCCCAGGUCAGCCAUGAAAUUGAUGGGCUUGUCUUCCAGCCGUGUGGGAGAUACAAGGCUGGGAGGUGUGAUGACAUCCUGAAGUGGAAGCCCCCCAAUCUGAACUCUGUGGACUUUCGCCUCAAGAUCACCAAAGUUGGAGGAGAAGGGCUGCUUCCAGAGACGGUCGGCUUGCUGUACGUCUGCAACUAUGACAGGCCCUUUUCAAAAAUGAAGGCAACUAAAGAGCUGAAACAGUACGACAACAAGAUCAUUGAGUGCACCUUCGCCGACAACACCUGGGUGUUUAUGAGACAGAGGGUGGACAAGAGCUUCCCCAACUCAUUCAUCACAGCGAUGGCUGUGUGUAAAAGCAUCCAAGAGCCCGUCACGAAGGAAAUCCUCCUGGAGUACGUGGACCGCUGCGCCCAGGGAGUGCAAGAGCCAGCCCAGAAGCGGAAACGCCCGGCAGAGCCGCACUCUGGGCUAAUUACCCCUCCCUCUUCAAAGAAACCCAACAGGUCAAUCCCGUAGCCCACAGCUGGGCUUCCUGGACUGCUUUACAGUCAUUCUUUACAUCUACACUACCAGUCAAAAGUGUGGAAACACCUUCUUAUUCAAGGGUUUGUAUUUAUUUUAAGUAUUUUAGACACUGUAGAUUAAUACCAAAGACAUCAAAACUAUGAAACAACAUAUAUGGAUUUUUUUAAUUAACAAAAAAGCGUUAAACAAACAGAAUAUGUUUUAUAUUUUAGAUUCUGUAAAGUAGCCCCCUUUUUCUUCAUGAAAGCUUUGUACACAGUUAAUUUGUGGAAUGACUUGCCUUCUUAAUGUGUUUGAGACCAUCAGUUGUGUUGUUCAGAGGUUGGGUUCACACACAAUGGAUACCGUUGUAAUCCAUAUUAUGGCAAAAACCUAUUAUUCUAUAGUUUUGAUGUCUUCAGUACUAAUCUACAAUGUUGAAAUUAAUUAAAAUAAAUUAAAACCAUUGAAUGAGAAGGUGUGUCCAAACUUUUGACUGGUAGUGUACAUCACCAGCCACAUCAACAACCCCCCAAACAGAAGAUAAACAUAUCAAGGCUUUCUACCCUCUGCACAUGUUCAUCAUCGGCCUGUACUCCUAAGGACUACAGAAAACCUUAAACUGACAUCAUUGACAUUAAUUGACCUUGUAGACUUGUUUGUAGCUUUCAUUCUUGGUGUUCUUAUUAAAACUAAAAACAUGA